AUGGGCGGGAAAUGGGGCGCGAUCUCGAAGCUGCACGCGUUCCCCAAGGCGGAGGACCACCUUACUCAGAAGACGCUGUCGGGCGCCAUCGUGACUCUGCUGGGUGGGGCAAUAAUGGUGCUGCUGCUCGCUCACGAGCUCUCCUCCGUGCUCACACCGGAGCACAGUGGCGCUGCUGGACGUUCCGCCGCCCGCCCAUCACAUUGGCAGACAAGCCCCCCCUCUCCCCCUUUCCCACCUUUCUCCCCGUCCCCGCGUCCCCCUCCUUCCCCCCUUCUCCCCCUCACCGCCCUUCUCCACGAGUUCUUCUUCAUGCUCACAGCUCGAGGUGACCCCACAAGCGCACAAUCAACCCCCUCCAACCGCUCAGUCACCACCCACCCCUCCAUCCCCUCCACCCCGCUUUCUCCUCUCUCCGACCCCACAGUGACUCUUCUGGGCGUGGCGAUCAUGGUGGUGCUCUUGCGCUCACGAGCUCUCGUUUGUGCUCACGCCUGA